AUGCUGAUAAUUUGGGGUUAUUCCGGAGACUCUUGCCAGAGAAAGCAUACGCGUGAAGUUUGGAGAAGAGAGUCCCUGGGUAAAGUCCAAGAAGCGAAGAAUCCACGCUGCUUUAAAAACUUUCAGUGUUCCACCGACUAUAAGAGCUCGAAAUCCGCCUGGAUGACGUCGGCUAUUUUCAAGCAAUGGUUUCAUGAGUCAUUUGUUCCACAGGUUACAUCGUUGUUAAACGAGAAAGCCUUACCAGUUAAAGCUCUCCUCCUAAUCGACAACGCUCCUUCUCACCCAAAUGAAGCUGAACUGACAACGGAGAAUGGGCAAAUUUCCGCAAUGUUUAUGCCACCAAACACCAUAGUGCGUUGUCCUAGAAGCCUUGUAGACUAUCCACGUCAAGGAUGCCCAAAAACAACAACAACAACAGAAAUAGUAGAAAAGAUACAACGCAUUGGACAGUCCAUAAAAUUCACACAUAAAAUGCCACCACCAACACCGACACAACAACAACAUUACGUUGGCAUAGCAGAAGAACAACAAAAACAAGUGCAGUUGUAUGCAGGCCAAAGAAAACACCAGACAAAAAAAACCGAAGCAAAGGCAAAAAGUGUCUUUAUCAGCAGCGGCGGCAGCAGCAUCAACAUCACCAAAAGCCAUAUAUAUUAUCGCUGUGCUGCAUCACAGUAA